UUUAUGUGCCUUUAAUCAGAUUGAUCUCCAAUCCAACAAACAGCAACUCCAAAGUGAAGCUUUUGGGAGGAGGGGGGUUGAAGCCACAGUGCAUCCAGCAGCACAUAACUCCAGCCUCUGAAAGGAAUUCUGAUGAGGGAGACAUGCAGACAAGAGCCAGGGCUAGCUAGCAAGUGCAGUUUGGGCUGCCUCUCCAGGCUGGCUGCCCCCACCUCGAGGAGAAGGAUGAAGCGACAAGCAUUUUGGACAGGGUUGGAGUAUUUCUGUCGGUUCUUGGGCAUCUCCACGGCAGCAGUGCUAAUCGGUGUGGGCGUUGAAACUUUACUCCGAGGACAAUUCAAAAGCCUGGCUUUCUAUCUUCUGUUUUCCGGGACUGCAGUCUCCAUAUGUGAAGGGUCCUACUUUGUAGCUAAGCUGCUUUCACUCUGCUUCAGGUGUCAACCAGAAUCUUUGGCCUAUGUCUUGUGGGAAAAGGCCUGUAAACUGGGCUGCUUCCAGAAAUUCCUAGGCUACGUGUUGCUUUCUGUCGCCUGUUUUCUGCACCCAGUGCUGGUCUGGCAUGUGACCAUCCCAGGGUCUAUGCUAAUCAUCACUGGCCUGGCAUAUUUUCUCCUGAGUAAACGUAAGAAAAACAAAACUAGCUGCACCCCAGAGAGCUAUACAGAUCCCUCUGCUAGUGCUGUGAACACUACAGGCUAUGGGAAUACUGAGCAGACUUAUACCUUUCACACCUCCUUCAGGGAAGGGCCAACCUCCCUCUUUGGUCACAUGAAAAGUAUUUUGAAGGGGAACAAGAAGUCUCCUCCUGCCAGGCCCCCAGACACAUUGAUGGAGCUGGUUCUGGAGCCAUCUGAUUUGUUGCCUGGAAAGAAGCAGGUGCAUUUCGAAGAGAAAGUGGUCAAAAUCAUCCCCUCUAUCACGGAGAACCUGGAUGACAGGGACAGUGACCCGGAGGAAACCACUUCUGACACUGUACCCAUCAUUCCCCCUCCAGAGGCUCCUCUCCUUAUGUCUUCCCUUGUAUCCACAGGCUUGUUUUGAAAAGCAUUGAAAGAUCUUCUAGUAAUCAUCACAAAGGGCCUGAAAGGGGACCCACCCCUUAGGGGUUCCCAAAGAAUCUUUCUAGCCUCAAGCUGUCACCCCUUUAAGAGCCUUUGAGUUUCAAAGACUCUCCAAGGAAUUCAUGAAACCUAACAUGGAUUUGAGUUUCGAGAGUCCCCCAGGAACUCAUAGAAUCUUCAGUGAAGAUGCUACAAAAUGACAUAGUAACGCUUGAUGUGUAGAACAAUAUUUCUUCUGUCUCCAAGAAUUUUAUAUUCUAGGUUUUUGGUUUUGCUUUUAUUUUUUCAAGAGAAGCCCUUUAUACCUAUGUCACAAAAAAAGGGGAUUGCACAGAAUGACAUUGUCUCUACAGAGGGACUGCUGGAUGGGGCCCAGAGACUGAUUUGACAAUGAACUACCUUGCUGUAUGCCACCUUUUUUUAACCUGUGCACUGUACACAGCCCUGUCUGUUACCUUGUGUCACUGAUCAAGAUGAUAUUCAAUCCCUCUGUCAAGGGAAGCCCCCGUAUUGGUCAUCUAAGAUCAUUUGUCUCAGCUGUCAGAGUAAAAUUUCAUAAAAUUCUCAUUCAUAGAAAUAUGAGAUUCAUAAAAUCUCAUAAAAUCAGGGAGUCUAUGUGCCUUUAAAACAGCACAGAAGACAUAUGAUCUUGUUGAAUUUAGAAUCAGUAUUUAUUAGGUAUCUCCUGUAUUCUUUGAUGCCACAAGAUAAUAUAAAGAAAAUAUCAUAAAAAUUUCCUUUUGUAAGUUGGCCAGCAGAUGAUAAAUUCGAUUGGCUUUGAUGGCCCAAGAAAAGAACAAACCUCAAUAAUUAGUUUUAAAUGGGGGGGGGGGGGUGGUAGGGGAAGGGAGUCUGAGUGAGAGAAUGAGAAUUCCAUAACAUUUCUCAGGAAACUUCCUCCACAGUUAUUCUGAGAAUAUUUUUCUAGUUUCCAAAGAGAUAUGGGAACUCAGUAAAUCUAAGAGGAACAAAAAGCAUUGGGAAUUCAUUGUUUGGGAUGUCAUGACACAGAACAUGAAUCCUAAGCAUACUGAACAAGCAAAGUUCAACACAGAGAGAGACUAUACAGAAGCUCUUUGCAGAGGGGCCUCUGGGAAGCUUAAGGAUUGAGCUUCACCUCGGAGGUCAUUUCUGAUUCUAGCUUUCAAUGAUUCUGUGAUGAGUCUCUUCCUCCUGUAAGAAUCCUUUGCCUUACUAGCAAGUCCUGGAUUAGAGGACAAAGCUGACAUUAAUAAAUAUUCAUAAGGAAAUAAAAGAUUGAGUCUUUCAUGAGUUCAUCAGUCCAGAGAAUUAACCCCGUUGAUUAACAAUGCAUUACAGGUAGGUAGCCCAGAGGAUAGAGCACUGGCCCUGGAGUCUGAAGCAUUUGAGUUCAAAUAUAGCCUCAGGUAGCUAUUAGUUGUGAUACCAGGCCCAUAUCCAUCUCUUGCUUCCAAAAAUAAAUACAUAAAUAAAAAAUUAUUGCCUGAGAAGUUUUGCUUUAAUAAUAAUUUGUAAUUAACAUUUCAAUUGUAUAUCUAAGGUGGUGAAAAGCAGUUUACUUGCUUUUGAGAAACAAAAAAAACUCUUCCACAAUUCUCUUUUGCUCUAUUAAUUUGCACUUUCUACAGAGCCUUAGUAAAACAGGCCAGCCUAGUCUCUUUAAGCUAGAAUGGAGAAGUAAAGAGAAAGAGGAAGAGCAAAGUAGGUGAAAAGAGAGAAGGGGAGUAAUGGAAAGUCCGUGGGACAAGACACAGCAGAGGAGUUGGGGAGAGAGCUCAGGGAAAGAAAGAUUGGGCAGGAGUGUCAGAGGGACAGAGAUUGCCAGGCUGCCUGCUCCAAUCUACUUUCCUUAAGGUUUCCUUUGGGGUGUACAGAAGGGUCAUGAGCCCUCUUUAGUUUUAGGUAUCCUGGACCAAGGCCAGCUUCCCAUCCUUCAGAACUGGAAAGAGCAUUGGUUUGAAGCCCAGACAUCUAAUAGCAACUUUGUUUUUAUUCAGCUUCAUGAUUUUAAGAAAGUCCUCUCCCCUCUUAAUUUCAGUUUCUUCGACUAAAAGGAAGGGCAGAGAUUAACUAUCCCUUGCAGCUCUAAAUUCUAUAGUUCUCAUAAAAUUCACAGGAAUCAAAUCUAAAUGCAUCUAGCUUUGUUUAAUCUCAGAGGAAAAUAGUGCAAAUGACUGUGGGAAUUCCAUUUUCCCUAAUAAUGAGGUUCUAUAUUGACAGAGGAAAAAAAUUGACUAUAAUGCUGCUGGUAGCAUAAAUGGGAGUUCAGGAGUGUGUAGAAUGAACUUUGAAGUGGGCCACUUGUCACAGAAGGUCCCUAUCAGGGAAAAUUUCCAAAGGAGGUCCUGUCAAAGCAAAAGUAAAGUGGAUCACAAAAUGUCUUUCUGGAGAUGUGAUCAUAGAUCACAAGAAGCAUGCAUAUUUCAAGCACUUAAAAGAGCCUAGAAGAAUUGUAGGUGAAGGGUGGACCUCCACUGGGAAUAGUCAAAUUCAUUAUUCCUCUGAAAGGUAAAUUGCCUGUGUGAGUCUGGGCAAGUCAUUUUAUUUCUCAGUAACCUAGGCAACUCUUGAAAGCUAUAAAUUGCAUAGAAUUAGUAGAGAGUCUUUAACCAGGAGGUCUUCAUAUUGAAGAAACUACACAUCGAUUAUUAUCCCUAGCCCUCAAAAUUUAGAUGCUACUGACAUCCAGCAAUUGAACCCAAUUGCAUAACAGUGUUUCUGUGUUUGUUUUUGCCACUAAAUUUAGCCAGGGACUAGUUUAGCCUCAUGUUGUUGUUCAGACUUUCUUGAAGAGAAACUGAAUUCAGAGGCUUUGAAAGGCUUACAGUGGGGGAGGGAGGUUAUUUUCAAUUUGUCCUGCUAGGCUUUCAUAAACACUUGAAAAACAAUGAUUGUGGGUACAUCUCUGAGCUGGCAUCUAUAAUGGAAAAAAUUUCAGUAACAAAACAUAUGGGAGAUUGGCAAGUUCCAAGAUAGUUUGACUUCCUGAACCAUGUCAAUGAAGUGAUAGCCAAGAUUUAUUGAGUACCUACUAAGACAAAGCCUUAAAACACCUGCUUGUACACCUGUGAUCUUAUCCAUUUUUAACUGAACUCCCAAACAUGGAUCCUAGCUGCCAAAUCAAAGGGGAAGUGGUGAUUUAAUGGGACUGUUUAUCAGAUUUAAGCCUAUGAGUAAUUGCAUGGGACAGAAUCUUCUCGAACCUGGAAACACAAGAGAAAAGGUCAGAACAGUCAUCACAGAAAAGGGAAGUAUUUGCUGACAAGCCAAAGGCACUUUGUGGAUGUGGAAUUGCUCAUUGGUAUCCAUAAAAGGUAGAUAGACAACAGUGUAAUAAGGAUGAGGCAAAGGGGAUUUGGGGGUGCUGGAAUUGAGAGGGUACUGGCUGAAUCUGUGGUCUUUCAACAAGCUGAGUUUUGCAUUAGUUGAUGAAAAUUUAAAACAGGAACCUACAAACUGGUUCUAAUUCCUUUCCCAUGUGGCUCUAGUCUAGAUGGCUUUCUAGAUAAAAUGUGGGUCUUAGAGAGAAGACCUGAAUUUAUAAUCCUGCCUCAAGUCUAAGAGACUUAAUAGUUAUGUGACCCUAGGCAUGUCACUACCUCUCUCAAGUUCAGUUUUCUCAUCUAUAAAAUGAGAAAAAUUACAGCACUUACUUUACAAGGUUGUAGCAAGAAUAUGAUGUGAGAAUAACGUAAAGUGCUAUAUAAAGACUGGUGGUUAUUAUUAUUACAUCUUCUUCCCCUGCCUCCAUUUGUUGAUUUGCUAAUAUAUUCUGCUGUGGGUGUACAAAAUGUCAAUUUAUGGUCCUGCAGAUUGGCAUUUUUUUUACCCACUCAUUAGCUGAAAGAUUCAAGACUUAGUGAAUUCUUGUGACUUGUUUCCUAGCCCAGAAUAAUAAUGCACAUUUCCAGAAUUCCAAGACCAUUGCUUUCUCUCCAAGGAGUUUAGGGAAAGAUUCCCUACUUAAUAAAAUGUAAAGGACUACAUAAAUGGCAGCUAUCAGUUUCAUGCUUUCAAUCUGUAAACCAGGUUUUACAAAGACUGAUUCUCCUGUGGUCCAUUCUGUUCAAGUAUAGCAAUCACCACAGACCCUCCUGUUAACUUUCUAUUUAAUAGAGUAUUACCACGUGGAUGGGGAGAAAUUUCAAAGAUCUUCUGGUCCUACCUGGUCAUUUUGCAGGUAAACUAACAGAACCUAAAGAUAGGUCAGUAACUGGCUCAAACAAAUACAGACAAUAAACAUCAAUGACAAGAUGCAAAUCCAAGUCCUCUCACUUGAGAGCCAAUUCCCACAUUAAGACAAUCAGAAGCACUUUCUAAGAGUAAGAUACUAUACAGAUUAUUACCACUUCCAUUUUAAGGGGAAGUAAACUGAGACAAGGAGGUUAAGUAGGAAUUCAAACUAAAAUCUCGUGAUUCCAAGUCACCUUUUCCACAAAAUCACAAUCCUCUAAACUGUGUAUAAUGUAUUUCAUUCUUUAACAGGCAUUAUUUCCCAAUGUUCACAUUUCUCAAAUAAAUUCUCUGUGUGUAUUCAAAUGUAAAAAGAAAAUCUGUGGCCUUACCACUCCCCCACAUACACAACCACACCCAGCCAGAUGAAGACCUCUGAGCUUCUGUGAAUAUAAUCUUAAUUGCAAUUUCCUUCCUCCAAACUAAUACAACUCUCUGGCCAUUAACUCUUCACCCUGAACCUCCAGCUGUUGGAAAAGUCUUUAAAUCAACAGGGAACCAGAAAGCCUGGAUGAUUAUCUUCCUCAUGCUAAGGUAUUUGAAGGGAGAAGGGCCCAGUUCAGAAGAAGUAAACAGGAAUUUCCUAAGUGAUAGAGGGCUCAUAUGACCCCUCACAGCUGGCCUCUGACAUGUUCCCAGUUGAUUGUUCAGAAGGAUGGGAAACAUAAAUUUAAAGAAUUUUUAAAAAUCAAAUAAUAAAA